AUGAGACUUGAAACAGUUUGGAAACUUCUCCCGUGCAUUGUGUUUUUACUUCCUCACGCAAUGCACGCUCAAGCAGUUCUCCCUCCAGAGUGUGCCCCGGGCGGCCACUCGGUCCUCGACAACCCCUACCGAAGCAUCACCUUCAGCUCCAGCUGGCUGCAGCAGUCGUCCCUGCAGGACUUCAUCUGUGAUCACUCCCUCGCUCCGGGCUGGUACCAGUUUCAGAUUUUUGACAAGCCGGCCAGCAUGCCCACCAAGUGUGUGGAGGUGAACCACUGUGGCACCCAGGCCCCAGUGUGGCUGUCUCUGGGUGAGGGUGAGUCUCUGCCGGGUCCGCUGGAGGUCAAGCAGCUGACGGCGUGCGCUGCGUGGCAGUUCUUCACGAGCAGCAGCAAAGACUGCUGUCUGUUCCGCAUCCCGGUCACUGUACGUAACUGUGGCGAUUUCUACGUUUACCUGCUGCAGCCCACGCAGGGAUGCAUGGGAUACUGUGCUCAGGAGACGUCGGACGCUCUACCCACAGCGUCGCUGCCCUGCGGCCCUGACGAGGUGAACGUCGAAGGAACAUGUGAAACCAAGCAGCCUCCGACUCCAUCUACACCCGUCAUCGUCUCGGAGGUGAUGGGGAACUCCGUCUACUUGAAGUGCAGCUUCGAGAGCAGCUCCAACACCUCCCUUGGUUUCGUGUUGGCCUGGUCCCGCCUUUCACCGCAGGGCAGCAAAGAGGAGCUCAAACAGGAAACCACCAUCCAGACCUCCGCCUUCAUCGAGCUGGACGGCUUUAACCUCCGGCUGGGAGACAAGAUUUAUUGCUCCAGCUCCAGUUUCUUCUUGGACUCGCCCAACGUUCGCAGUCCUUCAGUGGAAAGUCAGGAGUUCUUCGCUGGGAUUAAGCUAACACCAGAGGUGAGCAGUGUCUCUGAGGAUGGGAAGCUGUAUGAAUUGCUGGUGGAGAGCACAGUUCCUCUUCCAUGUCUGGAGGAGUCUUCCUCCUCUACAGAGCAGUGCACUGUGUCCCUGCAGCUCAGCACAAGCAGUCAAGGUGAGGAUGUUUUGUCAGGUGCAGAUGUGACUCUGUCCUCGUGUGCGGUGCAUCUGUCCCGGGGUCCCUGCAGAGACGGCGUUUGUGGCCGGGCUCUGAUUCACUUCAGCCCCGUCACUGACUUUGUCAAAGAUGGCAACAGGACGACUCAGAUCUCUGUCAAACCCAUCGUCACACAGAACUUUCUCUGGAACGGAUAUUCACCAGAACCUGCUCAGAUAAAGGUGAUGGAUGUCCCCUCAGCCUACUGCUACUCCUUCACUGAUCCUCACAUUAUCACAUUUGACGGCAGGCGCUACGAAAACUUCCAAAUAGGAACCUUUGUCCUCUACAAGAGCAGCCUCUGGCCAUUUGAAGUCCACGUCCGUCAGUGGGAGUGUGGCAGUUUGCUGCACGCCGCCUCGUGUGUGUGUGGCUUCGUAGCGAGGGAUGGCGGAGACGUAAUUGCUUUUGACAUGUGCAACGGGGAAAUGGGUGAAACCAAGCCACACCUGUCUGUGAAGAACAGAGACUUGAGCAAGAGUGGCAUUCGCAUCACCGAGUCCUAUCAGGGACGCAAAGUCACCAUGACCUUCUCAUCAGGAGCGUUUGUUCGUGCCGAUGUGUCCGACUGGGGAAUGAGUCUGACGCUGAGAGCUCCCAGUUCAGACCGGAGCCACACUGAGGGUCUGUGCGGGACCUACGACGGACAGUCAGACAACGACUUCCACGCAGCAGGGGGCGCCACACUGGAGGAUCUGCACGCUUUUAUUUCUGAAUGGAGGCUGCCUCCAGGGACCAGCCUGUUUGACACCGUGCCUUCCUCUCUGAGUACACUGAACCCCCGCAAGUUCUGUAACUGUCAGGCCGAGCCCCGCCUCACAUCUCCACAAAGUCGCGCUCAAGCAGUCGCCUCCUCCGACUCCUCCUGCUCUCAGCAUGGCAACGUGCACCUCCCCAGCAUCAUCCCCACUCUGGACGUCACAGCAGAGUACAUCGGUUCAGUAGAGCUACUCAGAAGUGAGGGGAAUGAAAGACAGUCGCUGCCUCCGGGCCUCUUCAGACAACACACCCGGGAUGCUCAGCCACAUAAAAGAGGCUUCACUAGAUCCUCGAGGGCCUCCAGGGAUAGAGGUUCAGUCCCAACCCAGCAGCAGCAGCAGCAGCAGCAGCACAGAGGCAGGAGGCAGUCCCACCGUUACAUUUCUAACUCCCCGCAUCAAAGCCUCAGCCAGUCUGAUUUGGAGGGCUUCACCUACUUCUUCCCAGAGGACCAUGAACCGGCAGUACAUUUAGACUUUUCCCCAACGUGGCCGACACCUUCUGGCCUGAGCGAGCAGCAGGUCAGAGCUCAGUGCCAUCAGGUUGUGGUCAACUCGAGCAUAGCGUUAGGUUGCAGGCGUCUUCUAGAAGAGACAAUAGUUAGUGGAGCGGUGGCCAUGUGUGUUACUGACUUACAGCUGAAGGAUGAUCAGUCAUGGCUGAACGCUACGUUACCGCUGCUGGAGAACGAGUGUGAGAGGAGGCUGGUGGAGGAACGGAGGAGAGAGGAAGAGUACCAGGAUGUUCUGGCUAUCCUCAAGUGUCCUAAUCUGUGUAAUGGGAAUGGACAGUGCUCGGAGUGGGGUUGUGUCUGCUUCCCAGGAUUUGGGUCUUCUGACUGCAGUGUGCUGUCUGACCAGAUCCCAGAGAUCACUGAGUUGGAGAAGGAGGGUCUAUGUGACGUCCGACAGGGAGAUUGCUCCACCAUCCAGGUCUAUGGUCAAGGUUUUAAGGACUCCUACGAGCUCAAGUGUGAGUUUGUUAAAGAAAAGUUUGUGGAUGGGGAGUGGGCUCUGGAUGAGCCCCAGUUUGUUCUGGCCACCUUUCUGGAUGUGACGGCUCUGGAGUGCCAGCUGCCUCUGGAGAGCAGCCAGACUCCCGCAGAUGUGGACCUGGAAACAGCCACAAACAGACCACUGGCCCGCUGGCAGAUCAAAGUUUCCAAUGAUGGCUACAGCUACAGUAACGCCAAGAUACUGACUCUGUAUGAUGGAGCCUGCCAGAUCUGCAGCCUCAACACUGAAGUCCUCUGCACCCUGAGGGAGAAAACCUGCAACAUAGACGGCCUGUGUUACAGUGAGGGGGAGUCCAAUCCCAGCAUCCCUUGCCUCACAUGCCGCCCCGACUCCUCCAGACACACAUGGUCCAUAGCAGAGAGUAUGUGCACAGACAUCUCCGUGCAGAUCGGAGCCACUGAUGUUGUUUCAGUCACACAGAGGAUCCUUUACCUCAUUGUUUCACUUUCUGACCAACUUCUUCAGAUGGAACCUCCGGUGGUGCAGCCGUUGCCGUUUCAUCUCCGAUCCUUUCAGGAAGAGAUUUUCAUCUACCAGCUACAAGCCUGGGACCCCGAGGGCUCGGCGGUGCUCUUCACUCUGGUAUCAGGUCCUGAAGGUGCAUCCCUGUCUCCGGCCGGUCUGCUGAUCUGGAAGGCCACAGCCGAAGCCGCCGACACGCACACGUUCCAGUUUACUGUGAUGGACGACUGUAACGCUGAGACCAGAGCCUCUGUGCAGGUGUCGGUGUAUUCCUGUGAUUGUCUGAAUGGAGCUUCUUGUAUAACCAACACCAACCGCCCUGCUGGCAGCGGAGAAUACAUCUGUGUGUGUCUGGAUGGAUUCAAAGGUGAAAAGUGUGAAGUGGACAUCGACGACUGUAAACCCAACCCUUGCAGACUGGGCCGCUGUAUCGACGGCCCCAACUCCUUCUCCUGUAUCUGCCCACCAGGAAUGACAGGGCACACGUGUCGAGAAGAUAUCGAUGAGUGUGUCUCCCAGCCUUGCUUCCCUGGAGUCGGCUGUAACAACACGCUGGGCUCUUUCAUCUGUGGAGUCUGUCCACAAGGAUACAGCGGCGAUGGGAAGAACUGCAUUCUGCCGCAGGUGUCAGUGAGGCCCAAACCCCCCUCCGGCGGCCCGUCUCUGUGCAGCAGACAGCCGUGUCACCCGGGGGUCCAGUGCUUUGAGAGCACACACGUGUCCACGGGCUUCGUCUGUGGGCCUUGUCCUCCCGGUUUCCAUGGAAACGGGUGGAUUUGCACAGCAGCAGGUGAGAGUGAAGCAGUUUCAGACGGCAAUAUUCAAAUCAACAAAUUAGAUUCCAGCAAGGAAACGAUUCCCACCUCCUCCUCCUCCUCCUCCUCCUCUUCAUCGUCGUCGUCUCCCAGCUCACCCAGACGCCCCCCUGACAGGAGGACAAAACCAGAAGCCGACACCACCACUACCACCAGGAGAGUUUAUCCCACUGUGAAGAAGACCCCCCAGAAUCGAACCGCAACCGGAGUCUUCACCCCGACCUUCCACCGAGGUCAGCCCACUGGGGUGGAGCUGACCCCCGGCCUCACCACCGGGGUCAAAUGGGGGUUACCGUCCCACCAGGUGACCUGCGCUGACUCUCCCUGCUUCCCCGGUGUCCCCUGUGAGCCCACCGUCAGCGGAUCCUUCAGGUGUGGACGCUGCCCGUACGGUUACACUGGAGAUGGAGUCACAUGUAAAGCUGUGUGCAGGUAUCAGUGUGGGAGGAACAUGGAGUGCUCUCUGCCCAACACCUGCACCUGUAAGGAAGGCUACACCGGCUACAACUGUCACAUAGCUGUGUGUCGUCCUGACUGCAAGAACCAGGGAAAAUGUGUAAAACCUAACGUGUGUGAAUGUCCUGCAGGCUACAGCGGGCCCACCUGUGAGGAAGCGAGCUGCGAGCCGUCCUGCCAGCAUGGAGGAACCUGCCUGGCCAGAAACCUGUGUACCUGCCCCUACGGCUACGUCGGACCCAGAUGUGAAAUCAUGGUGUGUAACAGGCACUGUGAAAAUGGAGGCGAGUGUGUUUCUCCUGAUGUCUGCAAAUGCAAACCCGGCUGGUACGGACCGACAUGUAACUCAGCUGUCUGUACCCCCGUCUGUCUGAACGGAGGAACGUGCAUAAAGCCAGACAUCUGUGCUUGUCCCAGUGGCUUCUACGGCUCUCAGUGUCAAAUCGCUGUUUGCAGUCCUCCUUGUAAGAAUGGAGGUCAGUGCAUGAGAAACAAUGUGUGUUCCUGCCCUGAAGGCUACACAGGAAAGAGAUGUCAAAAGAGUGUGUGUGAGCCGAUGUGCAUGAACAAAGGCAAGUGUGUGGGACCCAACACGUGCUCCUGUGCGUCAGGAUGGAGAGGGAAGAGGUGCAACAUACCCGUCUGUCUUCAAAAGUGUAAAAAUGGUGGCGAGUGUGUGGGACCGAACACCUGCCACUGUCCCAUCGGGUGGGAAGGUCUCCAGUGUCAGACGCCGGUCUGUAAGCAGCGAUGCCUGAAUGGAGGACGAUGUGUGCUUCCUGACUACUGCCACUGUCGGAGAGGCUACAAGGGCCUCACCUGCGCAAUCAAGGCAUCACAAGUGUGACGAAAAAAGAAAUGGAAAGUGGGAUGAAAGAGGCUACAAAAUGCACAAAGCGAGACGAGAGCACCAUAAAUUGUCGUGCGU